AUGAAGCUACUGCACUUGUUCCUCUUCCUGUUGGCCGCAUGCGUCGCAACGCCCAACGCUCUCGCGACCACACAAAUCCAGACGCCCGCACUGGAAGACAAGACGCAUCAUAACGGCCCAGAGGAUCUCAAGGCUGCGUUUCCGGAUGACGGCAAAACCAACAACACCGGCAAGGACAAGCGCGAGGAAAGAUUGAAUUCCGUCGUCUCCAAAAUCAAAGGCAUCCUCCCAAAGAAGGGCACCGGCCUCUCCACCAAACUCGACACCAUGCGCAAGAACCCUGACGUUGUCGCGGCCCUGGAGAGGAACCCAACAGUGAAGCGGAUCGGGGACGCGAUUGAGAAUGACCCCAAGUUCAUCACAAACUUGAAGAACAAUCCGGAAGCGGCCAAGGCGCUGGCGAACAACCCUGAAUUCAAAAAGGCUGCAACUGCUCUUGAAAAUACUGACGUCACGGUCACCAAGAAGGACAUCAGUCGGCUUCGUUCGGCUGUUUCCACGGGCGAAUCUACAUACUCCAGAGUUGGAGGACUCAUUCUCGGCGCUGCGACGGUGGGAAUGCCCAUAGUUUCGCUAGUGCUGUUGAUCAUAGCAAUUCAGCGUCGUCAUACUUAG